AUGAUUGUCCUCUGUUCUCUAUCCUUCCUCUGCAAUGAAAACAGCUGGGUGCUUCUCCAGGAAAGAGUUGGGCACCUUGAGAAACCUUUCCGGAUCUCCUUGGAAUACAUUGCUAGUGGGAACAGAAGUGUCGCUGCUAUUGAUUCGUUUGCAAUGAAGAACUGCACCAAAGGUCCUCCUUUGAGCUCUAAAAUGGCUCUGCAGAGUUCUUUCAACUGCUGGAAUGGGACAGCAAUCAAGCUGGGACAUGUGUGUGACUUCAUCAGAGAUUGUCCUGAAGGAGAGGAUGAGGGACAGCAAUGCAAAAAACUCCCCCCUGGCUUCUACUGCUCCUUUGAAGAUGGAGACUGUGGCUGGACUCAAAGUUUGCCAAUCUCUAAAGACGCCAAUCUUUGGAAUACUGGAAAUCCACAGAAUAAACAUUUUUGUUUACUGAAAGAGUGCUCACUUUCACUUAAUACCAGUGAGAUGCCAGUUGCAGAAGCAGUUGUGAUGACCAGUGCAGUGUUUCCAGCACCAAUGAAAAACUCUCCCUGUGAGGCAAGUACUUUUGCUUAG